AUGGCUGCCUCAGGAGUUAAGAGUCCUGUGUCUUCUCAUUGUCUGAACAUCCCAAAGAAAGAGAGCUACUUCCUGUGGCAAGGAAGUUUUAUCAAAUCCCUGUGUCCUCCCACUGACCAGGUCAAAGAUGCACUUCCUGGAGAUCUCCAGGACUCUGCUUCUUCAGGACUAUCUAGCUCCUUGGCCGCCGUGCUCAUCGUCACCAUCGUGGUGGACCUCCUGGGCAACGCGCUGGUCAUCGCCUCGGUGCUGAGGAACCGCAAGCUCCGCAACGCCGGCAAUCUUUUUGUCGUCAGUUUGUCUGUGGCAGACCUCGUGGUGGCAAUAUACCCCUACCCUCUCAUCUUAAGAGCCAUCUUCCACAAUGAAUGGACAAUGGGUGACAUCCACUGCCAGAUCAGUGGCUUCCUCAUGGGCUUAAGCGUCAUUGGUUCCAUUUUCAACAUCACAGCCAUAGCAAUCAACAGGUACUGUUAUAUUUGCCACAGCCUCUGGUAUGACAGACUCUUUAAUCUGAAGAACACCUACUGCUACCUUUGCCUGACGUGGCUGCUCACACUGGUGGCAAUCGUGCCAAACUUCUUUGUGGGCUCCCUGCAGUAUGAUCGUCGGAUUUAUUCCUGCACUUUUGCUCAGACAGUCAGCAUGUCAUACACCAUCGCUGUGGUGGCCAUUCACUUCAUCAUCCCUCUGAGCAUAGUGACUUUUUGCUACCUCCGAAUUUGGAUUUUGGUGAUCCAAGUCAAACACCGGGUGAGGCAAGACUGCAAGCAAAGGCUAAGAGCAGUGGACAUCCGGAACUUCUUGACUAUGUUUGUGGUGUUUGUCCUCUUUGCAGUUUGCUGGGGGCCACUGAACUUCAUUGGCCUGGCUGUCUCCAUUAAUCCUUCCAAAAUAGUACCGCAGAUUCCAGAGUGGCUUUUUGUAGUAAGCUACUUCAUGGCUUAUUUUAACAGCUGCCUCAAUGCCGUGAUAUACGGCCUUCUCAACCAGAACUUCCGGAAUGAGUACAAAAGAAUCUUGAUUGCUCUGUGGACUCCCCGGCUCUUGUUUGUCGAUGUGUCCAAAGGUGGGACAGAGGGAAUGAAAAGCAAACCAUCUCCGGUGGUGACAAACAACAACAACAACAAUCAGGCUGAAAUUGACUUGUGA